AUGUUAGCUUUGCACAAGCUGUUGAUUUUCAUUACAGCGCUAAAGGUUGCUCAGGGCUCAAUUGGUGAUAGAUUGGACGAGUUUAUUGAAUGUACUGAAGACUGCCAGGCGGUUAUGAAAUGUCCCGGUUUCGACGAACAAUUAUCCAUGAGUUUCAUUGAUGAGUCACAAUCUGGCUUUUACCACGCUUCUUCGCUGUCGAGAAAUUUGCUGUUGUGGGAUUGCGCAUCUCAUUGCGACUACCAAUGCCAGCACAUCAUCACUAAAAUGCGCAUUCAGAAUGGCGAACCAAUUGUGCAAUUUCACGGCAAAUGGCCAUUCAAGAGAAUUUUUGGAAUGCAAGAACUAUUCUCCACGGUGUUCAGCAUGGCCAAUUUUAUGCCUCACUACCGAGGUUACCAGCUGCUGCAGCGCGAAAUAAGAUCGUCGUCGUCGUCGCACAGAAAUGUUCGCUCAGUGCUCAACAAGUAUCUUUAUGUCGCCAUCGCAGGCAUGCUUGCCUGGAGCUCGAGUACCAUUUUCCAUUUCCGUGACCUGGAGAUCACAGAGAAACUGGAUUAUUUUUUCGCGGGGGCUACCGUCCUGAGUGGCUUUCACGCCAUUCUCAUCCGUGUUGCAAGACUAGAUCGCCAAAAUACGUAUCGCCACUUGGUGUCUGGUCUUGUUGUGCUGAUUUUUGGCAUGCACAUCGUGCGGCAGUAUUUGGACUGGUCCUACACCUACAAUAUGCGGUUUAACGUAUUUUUUGGUGUUUUACAGUAUGUGCUUCUACUUUUACUGGCUUCCAAGAAUUACCGUCGGCUGGCGCUUGGCAGAAUGCCUCGGAAAGCUCACUAUAUGCCACGCCAAUCGAUGAUCUUUAAACUUUGCGUGGUGCCCGUGGCCUUAGUCGUUAGCACUUCACUAUUCAUGUCGUGUGAAUUAUUCGAUUUUUUCAGUUACAGAUGGCAAAUUGACGCUCAUGCUAUCUGGCAUGCAUGCACGGUACUACCGUCGUGGAAACUUUACGAUUUUUUUCUGGACGAUUAUCAUUAUUUGGAUGCCUGUGAUCGUGACAACGAGGAUUGA